AUGUUUGACUCAAGACGUUUAUUCGUUAUAUUCGUCGCGUUUUCUCUUCUUAACGGUUUAACAUUAAUUAUUUUGUCUAGUUUAAUUCUUCAACGAAAUUUCUUAUAUACUACCUUCUCAAUUAUUGAUCAAACACAUUUUCAAUUGGUUAAAUGUUGUCGUUAUGCAAUUGCAAUUGGAUUUGUUUUAUUGGCAAGUAGUAUAUUGGCUUUAGUCGGAGGAAUAUGGAAACGAAAAUUAGUAUGUCUUCGAUGGUAUUUUGUUUUAACAACAAUAGUCUUUGUAAUACAAUUAAGUUUGGGAUUAACAAUGGCAUUAGUUUAUAGAGGAGGAGAUGAUAAGUUAAUGUUUUGCAAUGAAAUGAAGUGUUCAAAAGAAUGGGAAUAUUUGCAAACAAAAUAUCAUUGUUGUGGUGAUAACUCAAAAACCGAUUGGAUUGGAAUUAAGCCCAUUCCACAUUCAUGUUAUGAUCAAAAUAAGCAAUUAUAUUCACGUGGUUGUAAAGGUCUAUUAUCAUUUGAUGAUUUAACAAGAUUAAGUGAAGUAACUGUGUUCUUCUCCGUUUUUCAAUUUAUGGGAUUAUUGAUGACAAUCCGAUAUUUAUAUGAAUUGCAAUAUAGAAAAGAAAAUGUUUACAUGUAUUCAUAA